CCCGCCAGUCCCCCCCCCCAUCAUGGCGGCGGGUUGUUGACGCGUUGCCUAGCGACGGGCUCGAGUCGCCUGCCCCGGGGGGUGCCAGCCCCCCAACGGUCCCCAACGGUCCCCAACGGUCUCCAACCGUUCCCGAGCGCCCCCCGCCGCGGGUCUGUCCGUCGGCUCUCGGGAUGGUGGUGGAGAAAGCGGCCGCAAGCCCCCCGGUGCCCGUCGGCGAGCGGCGCCCUCAGAAGCAGGAGCCGCUGGGGCGCACGAAGAAAAUCCGGCAGCAGGUGACCGACGGCUUCACCGUCAAGGCCCUCAUGAAGAACAGCGUGGUAAGAGGUCCUCCACUUGCAGGAGCAUUUAAAGAGAGACCAACAAAGCCCACAGCAUUUCGCAAGUUUUAUGAGCGAGGAGACUUCCCAAUUGCCCUUGAGCAUGAUACGAAAGGAAACAAAAUAGCCUGGAAGGUAGAGAUUGAGAAGCUGGACUAUCAUUAUUAUCUGCCUUUGUUUUUUGAUGGGCUUUGUGAAAUGACAUUUCCAUGUGAGUUUUUUGCACGUCAAGGAAUCCAUGACAUGCUGGAACAUGGUGGAAACAAGAUUCUUCCUGUCAUUCCUCAGCUCAUUAUCCCGAUAAAAAAUGCACUGAGCCUUCGGAACCGACAGGUCCUCUGUGUCACGCUGAAAGUCCUCCAGCACCUGGUGGUGUCAGCUGACAUGGUGGGAGAGGCCUUGGUGCCCUAUUAUCGGCAAAUCCUCCCAGUCCUAAACAUCUUUAAGAAUAUGAAUGUUAAUUCAGGAGAUGGGAUAGACUACAGCCAGCAGAAGCGUGAAAAUAUCGGAGAUCUGAUUCAAGAGACACUGGAAGCCUUUGAACGCUGCGGUGGAGAAACUGCUUAUAUAAACAUUAAAUACAUGAUCCCUACUUACCAGUCGUGCAUAUUAAACUGAUCUGUAUCAAAUGGGAUGAUUCCAUUUGUGUUCUAAAAAAACUGUGUCUGACUCUGUGUGGCAUCUUGUUAGUCAUGCUUUUUUUCUCUACAGCUGCUAAAAUAGUGGCUUCUGGGGCAUUAGAGUGUUAGCACUAUUGUGAACAAGUCUUUCCAAUACAUAAAUAGUGCCUGUUCCUUUGAUUACAAUGGUGUACUGUGCUUGUUUGUUCCGUGAAAGAAUUGCUUCUUUAUAACAGAGCUGACUCGAGCAGGAAUCAGAGUUAAACCUUCAGUUGUAUAGACAAUAAAACUAUAAUUUUCAUACGCAAUUCAGCAAUUGCUGUUCUGUGUCCGCUUGCCCUGAGGGUGAUGUCAGAGGCUGUAACAAGAAGAGUUUAUGCUGACUGCUUAAUAGGUGUUUGUCAUGGAAGAGAAACACCAGUUCAGCAAUGUCUCUCUAGCAGCUGUGCCGAAUAAUGUGCACCGACAUACAAUAAAACUGUUGAAUGUAUAUACCAAUUAUAGUGGGAAAAUUUAUGUGGUCCAUUAUAAACCGCUGUCAGAAAAUUAAUUAAUGUCCCUUACACGCUCACGGUCUAAGCUUCCAGGUGUUUGCCUUGCUCUGGACCUUGGGUUCCUGUCAGUGAACAUCAGGCAUGACCACAGUUUUGAUGGGAAAAAAAAAAACAUGAUCAGACAGAACUCGAAUAAAUCAGACAGAAGACAGAGUGUACAUAAUAUGUCAGUUCCUAAAGUCCCUAUUAAUCUAGGUACAUAUAAUAUAUACGUGUAUUUUAAAGGGUGCUGGAUAUUUUCUGUAGCUGAACAGUUGCUGUCACAUUUCUGUUAUUACUAUAGUAUAUGUAAGUAUAAACAGUAUAACUAUGGUUACAGUAAUCCCCUAGAAUUCCUUCUCAGCUAGUUUCUCCCUGCAUACACACAACACAGAAUUGACAUGAUCGUAGCUUUAUGAUUGGCUUUAUUGCUUUGUAAGCAUUUCUGUGGAAUAAGCCUAGAAAAAAAUAAAGCAAGUUUUACAGUU